UGCGAUACGGUCGAUAGAAGCGAGCCACGUAGCGUAGCCCACGGUGGUUGCAUUGAAUUGCAGUAACGCGAACGCGAACGCUACCGCAUGGCGUACGGGACUCACCCCCGGACACCACGGAUCACUUUACGCGCUCCUCCCCUUCCCGGCAUCGGGGACCAGAGCCCGUUCAUUCCGCUCGUGGAUGUUGGACAAGUCACGACCGCGUGAACGAUACGUUACAGUUCACUUCGGAAUUCGUCAAGUGUUCGUGAACAUUACAGAGGAACCUCGCUGUGUUGUGCAAGGAAUAAUUUUUGCGUGAAAACUAGUUUGCAUACAAUUAUAUUCGUUGCUUUAAACGCGUGUUUCGUGAAUAGUUUGUGACCCGAAAGUUUCGCAGAAGCCUUUUGUAAAACUUCAAGAUAAUUCAGUUGUUUUUUUACCCCAUUCAAUCCCGUUUGCAGUCGGAGACUGCAAUAGUAUGAGGAUUUUACGUAUUUACGCGAGUUUUCCAAGGCUUGGAAAACAAAGGCAUCUCCAGGGUGUGAAGAAUCCUCAAUGAGCGGUCGUCGAAGAAAUUGGAAACGACCGAUUCACCACAGUUACGUGAAUCUCUCUUGUACACGCAAGUCGACGAUCGCGGCAUUACGGAUGAAAGGAUUUGCGUUAGAUCGUUUCAGAAUUUCCCGAACCGCGGAACCGCGACGUGACGCUAACUGGGGACAGAAGGAAGGUGAAAGAGCUGCCGAAAAAGUACGAGGAAAAAACUGUGUAUAAUCAAACACGCACGAACGAACAUCAAUCAACUGUAACGUUUCGUGCAAACAAGCGUUCAUUACCGUGACAUUGGACACUGCUGUGAAAACUGUUUACGUAUUACGUCGACAUCGAUAUACAUCGAUACAUCGAUACUUGGUCAAUUCGCGCCGCGAUUUUUCGCAUCGAUUUGCGCGAGGAACCGCUGACCUCGAGAAGAGACCACGCUUCUCCUCUAACUUUUCCUUUGCGGAUCGUUGAACGAUAAAUCCAUCGGUGAUCUGCAUCUGAUGGCUCGACUUGUCUAUUGGACAACGCCGGCCGCGUCAAAAUUUCCGAGCCCCGUCAGAUAUCGCGAGGAUAUCUUCGAGUGAAUUUAAAGGGAUUACGCGCGUGGACCGCGGAGUACAAUUUAAAGGGCGGAGGACGUGGAUGCAGAGAGACGCCCGCAAAGUAUCGAUCGACCUGCAUCUUGAAGAGGAUGCGCCCUUCGGUCUCGUAAGAGGCGAAUCCCCGUUGUGGUCACGUGUCGCGCGGGACAGACGCGGCGGGAAGGGAAACGAGGAAAGGGACAGUGGGCGGGCGAGGAGGAGAGACGUUUUCCGACAGGCGACGCGACGCGCCGCGACGCGACGCCGUCAUGGAAAAUCGAUUCGCCGCCGACCACCACCCCGCGGCAACCACCCGUCGCAGUGCAAUGACCUCCAAACCGGGAAGAUCCUAUAGCGUGAGGUCUCCGCGAAUCGGAGGUCCUCUUUCGCAAUCGCUGGCUAUGAUCCCUCCUACCAUGCAUGGACAUGAAUUUAAUCAACCCUUGUCAAGGGUGGUUAUGGUGCGUAAAACGGAUCAAAGGACCUUUAGUAAAGGAAGACGAGGUGGUGAGCCUCUUCUGGAAACUGUUACCAGGGAAACCGUCGAACUCUUUAAUGGGGGUCGAGCGGAAAGGAAAUAUACUUCCGAAACGAGGGAUAUCGUUACACCAAAGUCUAGCAGUAUGCCAUCGCUCAACGUGCACGGAACGAAAAAGAAGGUGGUCGGCUUUGUCGAUCAAGUGUCGCCCGACAGGUCGAGGACAGACUCGGUAAGAUCGAAGUCUCCGUUGACGGCAUCGCCAGCAUCACCGGGCCCGUUGUCGAAUUCCUUGCAUGGCAGUUUCCAUGGCAGUCUAGGAAGCGAUGGCAUGUCCUGUAGCAGCGCUAGAUCCUCGUCGGCAUCUCCCGAUUCUGCGAGAUAUUCGUCCUCACAGAUAACAAAGAUUGACACGCGUAAACCGUCUGUGCGCAGAUCGGGGCCCCCAAAGGAAUUUAUUAACGUCUGCCUCGACACGCAUAAUUUCUACCGAUCGCGGCAUGGAGUACCUCCGUUACGACUCAGCAAGCAGCUGUGCAAGACAAGUCAAGACUGGGCUAAUAUAUUGGCAGCUAGGGGUAGAUUAGAACACAGGGCGAACAUUGAUUAUGGAGAGAAUCUCUAUUGCAUGUGGAGCUCCAAUCCAAAGACUAUUGUCGGAGGCGAGGAACCAGUGAACGAAUGGUAUGCUGAAGAGUCUCAGCAUCAAUAUGGAAAGGAGCCUACAACACUGAAGACUGGUCACUUUACACAAGUGAUCUGGAGGGACAGUACUGAGUUAGGAGUGGGAAUGGCUAGGAAUCGAAAUGGCGAGGUCUAUGUUGUUUGUAAUUACAAUCCCGCCGGGAAUUUCUUAGGCAGUUUCACAGAGAAUGUUCUCCCACCCGCGGAUGCUGGCCCUGCAAAACGGAUUAAUUUCACCGAUCUGAAGCAACACUACAUAGACGAGCAAACGUGGCAGCAGGAAGCAUUACUGGUUCAUAAUGAAUAUCGAAGGAGACAUCGUGUACCAGAUUUAAGAUUAAAUCCAGAUUUGACAGCCGCGGCCAAGGCCUGGGCAAACACAUUGCUAAACACAAAUAAACUGAUACCUCAAUCGUCGUCUCCAUACGGCGAAAAUAUUUAUUCGAUGCAGUGCUCCGAUCCUAAACUGAUCGUUUCUGCACGUGAAGUCAUAUCAAAGUGGUAUUUCGAGAAAAAAGAACAUAAAUUUGGCAUUGAACCGAAAGUUCUCAACACAUGUAUGUAUCGCCACUUUACGCAAAUUGUUUGGAAAAGCACGACUGAAAUGGGUAUUGCUAUGGCCAAACGGGAUGGUACGUGUGUCGUGGUAGCAUGUUACCAUCCGAGAGGCAACAUAGUAGGACAGUUCUCUGAAAACGUACUGAAGCCAAUAAAGAGCGUUUGUUAGCUGAUCGACCCAUUUCUAUUGAUAGUGUAUUUAAACCUUGUAUUUAUGUAUCGUGCAGAAGAACGACGUUACGCGUAAUAUAUGUAAUGUAUAUACGACACUUGUGCAUACACGUAUAAUAAACAUUCCACGUACACAUAUUUA